AUGCCAAUUACUCCAGAGAGCGUUGUCGGCAGAGAUACAUUGAAUGGUACUACACUCUCAAGUAUCAUCCAGGAAUUCGGGACAGAUAUGGCGGCUGUUGACAUAGCAAUGAAGGUCAAUUCAAGCAGAGGUCCACGGAGAUCGAUCGCCAAAGCAUUGCCAUCAUCGUGCGCCCCUUUGCUUCCAGGAAUCAUCAUCUUGAAUCAACGCUAUUUCCCAGACUCGGAAUUCUCUGCCGCGAAGGUUGGGGCGACAUCCUUUGCAUUUUCGGCAAUGAGUGUGCUGCAGGAGGCACGACUGUUUGCGGGGAUGAUUCUGUACAAGAGAGAUGAGAGUAUCACUACCCCACGCCUCUUGACGCAUAUGAAAUCGUCCAUUCCAUGCGUCACCCUAUUUUUCAACUUCCUCAUGGAUUGGAUGAGUAUUCGAGAUGCGCUGAAUGAGGCAACGGAAAGUCUGACUUUUGCUUCCUAUGGUACCAAAAUCAAAGCCAUAUUGUACCAUCAAACGGAUACUUUGCUGGCCUACAAUCCAGAAUGGCUGCCGAGCUGCGUUACUCAUCACGGCCCGUUCUGUGAUGAUUUUGCCAACCACUUCUCCACGGAAGAGGCUGCUAUCGCCUUCGGUAGCUGCGAAAAGGCGCAACAUUUGAAAACAUUUCAGCGCAUUGGCCUUAGGCAUCUUCGAUCGGCCAAGAAUAUGUUCGUCUUACAACACUCGUCGGUACAGCGAAAUUAUCUCUUGAGGCAUAAUGUCGAAGCAAGUCGAAUCCAGAAAUUGAGUCCUCCGAUCAACAUCGAGAGUUUGCCUCGAUUGCCUUUGGCCUCCACCCACCCCAAAAUCGUGGAAUUCAUGCACGCUAAACCAUCGCUUCUCCUCUUUACCGCAGUGGCACGCAUCGAUUUCUUCAAGAAUAUCGAGCUUUUUGUGGAUGCUAGCGUCGAGCUUGUUGGGCGAGGUCGUGCAGUGAGGGUUUUGAUCGCUGGAGACGAUGAAGCUGAUAAUUCUCGACGUCAGGAACUUACUGAUCGAGUACCGUCUGGUAUUCGCUCAGAAUUCAUGGUGAUACCGAAGCUUUCGAAAGAUUGCCUUUAUUCGCUGUUCGACCAAGUUGCCGAUAAAGGCGUCUUUGUUUGCACUUCGCGAUACGAGACCCUGGGGAUUACGCCCCUUGAAGCGAGUUUGAGCGGCGUGCCGACAGUAAUCGCGAACUCUCUGAAUGUCGAAGCCUCGACAUACUAUCCAGAGGAGUAUCGCUUCGAGAAUUCAAUAACUGCCUUGGCUGGUUUAGUUGAGGCUUUCCUGGACUCUGGUAUGAAGGGGCGUGGAUGCUAUCUCCGGAAGAGGAUCGAAGAGCACAUCUCGCACGACAAGUUCAGGAAGAGUAUGAUGGAAGCUUGGCGAGUCUUUUCACUUGCUGCCUGCGGAAACGAACAUGGCAAGCAUAAUGAGCCGAGUGUCGGCAUACGAAAGGAUGCGGCUGUGAUAGAUGUUCAGGUCGUAGCAUAA